GUCUCGUAUUGACCUGCUCGUUAUAAAUGGAAGUAGGGACCUGUAUGAACUUUUGCGCGGCACAAGUAUAGGAAUACUUGCACUCAAAACGACUGACGAUGUUUCUUUAGCCGCUGAUAUUCUUCCCACACUCAGCAAGUUAGAAACACUAAAUAUAUGGGGUACGUUUAAGGAUAGAGGUUGUGUACAGCUUCCUCCCACGUUAAAACUGCUAUACCUUCGUGAAGUAAAAUGUUCAACUGAAUGGUUUGGCAGCUUGUUAAUCAAGCUUGCUUCAUUACACCAUCAGGUUAAAUGUUAUUUGUUUGAUGCUGCCGUGAACAAUAGAUACACAGAAGAUGGACUAGUCGUAAGUAUGUCCGAUGUGCACAGUGAAUUGUUGUCAUGUGACAUGUCUCGUAUUAAACUGAUCGUUGAAAAUGGUAAUAGGGACCUGUAUGAACUUUUGCGCGGCACAAGUAUAGAAAUACUUGAACUCACAACGACUGACGAUGUUUCUUUAGCCGCUGAUAUUCUUCCCACACUCAGCAAGUUAGAAACACUAAAUAUAUGUGGUACGUUUAAGGAUAGAGGUUGUGUACAGUUUCCUCCCAUGUUAAAACGGCUAAACCUGUGUGAAGUAAAAUGUUCAACUGAAUGGUUUGGCAGCUUGUUAAUCAAGCUUGCUUCAUUACACCAUCAGGUUCAAUGUACUUUGUUUGAUACUGCCGUGAACAAUAGAUACGCAGAAGAUGGACUAGACGUAAGUAUGUCAGAUGUGCAAAGUGAAUUGUUUACAUGUGACAUGUCUCGUAUUAAACUGAUCGUUAUAAAUGGAAGUAGGGACCUGUAUGAACUUUUGCGCGGCACAAGUAUAGGAAUACUUGCACUCAAAACGACUGACGAUGUUUCUUUAGCCGCUGAUAUUCUUCCCACACUCAGCAAGUUAGAAACACUACACAUAAGGGGUACGUUUAAGGAUAGAGGUUGUGUACAGCUUCCUCCCACGUUAAAACUGCUAUACCUUCGUGAAGUAAAAUGUUCAACUGAAUGGUUUGGCAGCUUGUUAAUCAAGCUUGCUUCAUUACACCAUCAGGUUAAAUGUUAUUUGUUUGAUGCUGCCGUGAACAAUAGAUACACAGAAGAUGGACUAGUCGUAAGUAUGUCCGAUGUGCACAGUGAAUUGUUGUCAUGUGACAUGUCUCGUAUUAAACUGAUCGUUGAAAAUGGUAAUAGGGACCUGUAUGAACUUUUGCGCGGCACAAGUAUAGAAAUACUUGAACUCACAACGACUGACGAUGUUUCUUUAGCCGCUGAUAUUCUUCCCACACUCAGCAAGUUAGAAACACUAAAUAUAUGUGGUACGUUUAAGGAUAGAGGUUGUGUACAGUUUCCUCCCAUGUUAAAACGGCUAAACCUUUGUGAAGUAAAAUGUUCAACUGAAUGGUUUGGCAGCUUGUUAAUCAAGCUUGCUUCAUUACACCAUCAGGUUCGAUGUUAUUUGCUUGAUGCUGACGUGAACAAUAGAUACACAGAGGAUGGACUAGUCGUAAGUAUGUCCGAUGUGCACAGUGAAUUGUUGUCAUGUGACAUGUCUCGUAUUGACCUGCUCGUUAGAAAUGGAAGUAGGGACCUGUAUGAACUUUUGCGCGGCACAAGUAUAGGAAUACUUUCAUUCGAAACGACUGACGAUGUUUCUUUAGCCGCUGAUAUUCUUCCCACACUCAGCAAGUUAGAAACACUACAUAUAAGGUGGACGUUUAAGGAUAGAGGUUGUGUACAGCUUCCUCCCACGUUAAAACGGCUAACCCUUUCUAAAGUAAAAUGUUCAACUGAAUGGUUUGGCAGCUUGUUAAUCAAGCUUGCUUCAUUACAGCAUCGGGUUCAAUGUUUUUUGUUUGAUGCUGUCGUGAACAAUAGAUACGCAGAAGAUGGACUAGACGUAAGUAUGUCAGAUGUGCAAAGUGAAUUGUUUACAUGUGACAUGUCUCGUAUUUACCUGUUCGUUGAAAAUGGUAAUACGGACCUGUAUGGACUUUUGCGCGGUACAAGUAUAGGAAACAUAACAAUCAACACAACAGACGAUAUUGCAUUAGCUGCUGAUGUUCUCCCCACUCAAACUAAGUUAGAGUCAAAGGGCUGCUGCGCUAUUGUGUAAAAAGGGAGCAUUGUAGCACCUGUUAAAAAUCAGAGUGCGACCACAGUGUUUUGAAGUAGUACAAUAUGUAUAGUGAAACAAAACGCACGUUGGUUUUGCCUAGUACAUCCUAAUUGCGUGAGUUGAAUUACGCAUCAUUAUCAUAAUCGUCACAUUAAUCAUCAUCGAUGUUGCCAUAAUUCAACAUUGCUAUCAUCACCAUCAGUAAAAUCCCAUCAUCUUCCUUGUAAUAAAUAUCAAGUUUACCAACCUAAUAUAUUUACCGUCAUCAUCAUCACUGUCAUAAUACAUAUCGGCACCAUAUUAUCACUAUUGCAAUCAUCUGUCAAUACCUAUUCGUUUUAAUAUGGACUUACCAGCAAUACACGUGUCAUGUACCUUAACUAUUGCUUUAAAAUGUGGUUGAGAGCUAACUGCGUUCCAAAAAUAACGUACUUUUGAGUUAAACCAGAGCGGGUAAUCACGUGAUUAUCAAGAUGGCGACGUCCAUUCCGAGGCCUGUAUAUUUCGCCGUUUUAUACCCUUUAAUAACUUUGUAUUAUUUUUUAAAUUCCGACCAGUUUCCAGCUAUAUUAGCAAGACAGUUACUGGCGUUUAUUUCAUAGUAAUAUUCGCUCUAUAUCUUGAAUUUACUCGGUG